AGGCUGGGAGGUCCUUCUGGACCACAGACACGUGCCACCUGUCAUACAUUUUCAAGUACUUGCUUUCGGAAGGUUGACAGGGAGAUUAGUGGCAGAUUAGAGCUUAAACGUGAGCGGAGAUUAGUCAGAUGCAAGCUCGAUGAACCUCGUGUCAUCUGUUCGUUAAAUAUUCUACGUAGUGUUGAAAGAUAUGAACAUAUUAGUGUAUAAAAUUUGGAACAUUACCAGUGGCGAGAAGAUACUUUGCAAGAAUUAGGUGUACGAGGUGUAAAAUAAUUUUAAACAAUGAUCGUGAAGUGCAACUCGUAAGAGGUGGAGUUUGAACAGAGUCCAAUGACAUUGUCGACGAUGGAGCUUUAUCAAAAUUACAGCAAGGUGAACGAAGAGAUGUACGAUCUUCGACGAGCGUCCAUGCAGCAAGAUAAAAAGAUUCAUAUCGUGGAUGACGCUUACGGACGAACGAGAGAAAAUCGUGAGAGAUUUGUGAAGUCACCGGGUAGUCAUCAGGACACGAUGGAAUAUGCGUCUGAUUCGAGUAAUGAAAGUUACAAGGACAAUCUCAGGAAGCAAGUUGAAAGAAAGAACUCUUCACCGGUUGCUGCCUCCAGUGCUUUUACCAUUGACAAUAUUCUUGGAAGACACGAGAAAAAGGAUAAUGAAGUAUCCUCUGGUUUGAACAGCUUCGAGGACAAAGAAGAGGAACCGGAAGAAAGGGACGAGAAAAUGGAUGGAAGUCAGUUUAUUAGACCCACUGCAAUGCCGGCUACACAUUCUGAUAUAAAUGCCAGUUUGUACGCUCCAACAGGAUUAUCCUACUCUGAAGUGACACUUUCGGAUCCUUCGGGAUAUUCAGCGACGUCUCUAGCUUCUGCAUCCCUUUUAUACAACAGUUGGUUCGCUCAAACGAAACCUGGCCAAUUGUUUGGAUUACAAGCGCCCAAACCGAGUGGAAGACGGUCCAGGAAGCCGGGGAUCGAUCGAAAACCACGACAGGCAUACAGUGCGAAACAGCUGGAAAGGCUGGAAUCAGAAUUUAAGAUCGACAAGUAUCUGAGUGUAAGCAAACGAAUGGAGCUAUCAAAAUCGCUGAACUUAACCGAGGUACAAAUCAAAACAUGGUUCCAAAACAGGCGCACCAAAUGGAAGAAACAACUUACCUCAAGAUUGAAGAUAGCCCAGAGACAAGGGUUGUUUCCACCCACGUAUUUUCCACCGGCACAAUACCCUUUGCUUCCCUACUAUACCGCACCCCUUGUGUUUGGAAAUCCAUCGUCAGAUGACGCCAAUGUUAACGCGACGACGAUACCAUCCCGACCUGUGGUAUCCUCGCCGGAUACUGUCUGAACUAGUAUUGAUUCGAACUACUUAACCGAGCGUGGGCUUGGCGGAGAAAAAAGUGCAAUCGAAAGUUGUUCCACUUGGUUGUAACAGGAAACGAUGAUUUUCGUACGAUACCACCGUGGUACAUUGCCAUAGGUUCUGUUAACCCUUUCACCUCGAAUGACGUACAUAUACGAUUUUAUAGGACCGAAAGGGGUACAUUACUCAGUUCAACACAGUUUUGAUUUAUCAAACCAACGUAGGAUAUGUUGUCAUCUUAUAUUUAAUUAUAAUGAUACGCUUUCAAUACUGAUGGAUUUUGAUCAGAAUGUACUGCAGCCAAAGGGUUGAAAUUUUUCAUUAGACUCAUAAGCAUAAGGAUAUGAACAUAAGUUACCGGAAACGUACGAGACAGAUGUUUUAUGUACAUAAACUGCGAGACUAUAAUAAAUAGAGCUUUAAGAAACUGACUUUUAUGUCCCUGUGAAUUUGCUGCACGCGGUGGAUGUUCAG